AUGUCUGAGACUACCUCAGUACGUCUAUCGGCCGACGAAGAGGAGGUCGCGGGAAACGGCUUAAUACUCGAGCGGUCCCCAUUUGGCCUUGAGAAAAUCUACGAUUACGAACAAGGAGGUCAUCACCCUGUCCAUCUAGGCGAUGUUCUUCAUUCCCGCUAUAAAAUAAUCCAUAAACUGGGAAGCGGCGGUUACUCGAAUGUCUGGCUUUGCCGUGAUAUCUCUAGCGAUGGCGAUAGCGAUAGCGAUACACUCAAACAUAAAUAUGUGGCGCUUAAGAUUAUCAUGGGAGAAGGUUCCACGAAAGACUGUCCUGAACUUCGGAUAAACCGACUCCUGGAAAGCGGCUUUGAAAACCUUGAAACUGCAGAUUAUUUCUGCCUCCCGUUGGACCAGUUUGAGAUCCAGGGUCCUAACGGUACACAUCUUGUGUUUGUCUAUCCGGUUUUAGGGCCCCGGGUAUCAAGACUGCUCAGCCUCGUCGAGUCCGAAGACCCGGGGGCCCCCUUGAGAAAGAUCUGUUUGCAGAUGACCCAAGCGAUGGCCGAUCUCCACAGGCGGGGUAUUUGCCAUGGUGACUUCCGGCCGGCCAAUAUCCUGGCACACAUCUCCGGUUUAGACGGGCUCUCGGAGGGCGAAGUGCUGGCUAUUCUCGGGAAACCCGACACGGCGAAAGUGGUCACGUAUUCCGGCGACGACCACGACUUGCCAUCGGCCCCUCGGUACCUGGUGUAUCCCGUAGAUUGGAACGCAGUGACGAAGAAUACAGCCCUACUACAUCUCAUCUCCGGAAAGGCUUGUAUCGUUGAUUUUGGCGAGAGCUACGACAUAACGUCCCCUGUCACAGAGCUGGGGAUACCGCAGAUUUACUGCUCUCCAGAGUACGCACUGGAAGGCAAAGUCGGUAUCGGAUGUGAUUUAUGGGCUCUCGGCUGUACUUUAUUCGAGAUCCGCACUGGAAGGAAGUUAUUUGACACGUUCGAUGACGACGUUGACGGGCAUUUGUGCAAAGUAGCCAAGGUUCUUGGUAAGUUUCCCGAGCCGUGGUGGUCGGAAACUUGGGAGCAGCGCAAGCAUUACUUCGAGAACGAGGUCGAUGCGGAUGGCCGCGUCGUGCCCGUGUAUGUUGGCUCUAAUGACAAGAGUCCCGGCCCUGGAGUCAUAGGCGCUUUAGUCUCUCAAAAGCCGGAGCCGAGGUCUUUACAGGAAAGUCUGGCUGAAGGUCUAUUUUAUGAGAAUAGUCACGGCCCAGGAGGUAUUCAGCGAGACAUUUCUCAGGAGGAAAUCGAGGUUUUUUCCGACCUCCUUCUGAAGUUGCUCAGGUACACUCCUGAGGACCGCCCUCCAGCGAGCGCUCUAGUGGAGCAUGGUUGGUUUAUGUAUUGA